AUGAUGCUAAUUUUUGAAUUGAUAUCAUAUGAUAAGGAAAUACAAUGUUUAUUGAAAAUUUAAAUAAUUGCUUGCUAUAGUGACAAUAGGAAUACUUUCAAUUGCACCUUAUUUGGAUAACACCGAUAGAAAUCCUUGGUUCGAAGAUGAUACAUUUAUUGUAUCCGUCGAUGAUGGAAAAAUCAAUAGAAUUAGAAGGUCUGAUCCAGAUUGGAAACCUUAGUCAGAAUUUGAGUAUUUAAUAUGAGUGAACACUAUAGAGAGUACCAUGAACAAAUUUAUUAAGAGUAAGAGAGAUAGAGUAAAGAAUAAAUGAAGGAAUUUUUAGAAAGUACUGCAAAUGUAUGUACAAAUGGAAAAGAUCCAAGUUAAUUGAGCUUGUAAGCCUAUAUUAAUGAAUUCAUUGCAGGUCCAUGUCAACCUGCUAUCUUGGGAUUAUGAACUUGUAAUAGCAACAAUUUUACAAGUAAUAAUUUAUUCUAUAUGUAUACAGGUUAAAAUUGAUUGUGAAACAUUGUAAGCAAAAAGACCAGAUAUCUUCGAAAAUUGUGGUUGGUAAACAUGCAGUGCAUCUAAGUUUUGGUUAAAGAAAUCGAAUGAAGAAUAUAGAUUAUGGAUGAGAUCCAUAAAUAGUCCAUUUACAAUUGCAAUGAAAAUAAGAAAAGUAAAUGUUUUGGUGAUUUUAUUGAACUAUAUUAUGAUAAAUCAAAGAAGGAUCCAAAAGAGAGUUAUUCAGCUGCACCAGGCAUAUCUAUCACUUGGCAUGAGAAUACUCCUUAGUUUGCGGAUGCAGAAUGUGGAACUACAGCUAUCUAAGAACUUUCUACUGAUUAAAUCAUCAAAUCAUCAAUGUGUGACACUAAGGGAUAUCAUACAUUUUCUGACGCUUUAAAAAAUAUGGGAUACAUACCAGGUUUGAUAAAUGCAAGCUGCACCAUAUGAUUUUAGAAAAUCAAUUGUAGCUUCAGAAUCCCAAAAAUACAUCAUGAAAUCUAUUGAAACAUUCCAUAAGUUGACUGGCAAAACUACAUAUAUAUAUUUGGACAUUCCUUAGGAUCUUUGUAUGCAACUGAGGCAAUCUAUAAUAUGACACCAGAAGAAAAGUAAAAAGUAGCUGGUAUUGUUACUAUGGUCGGUCCACUAUUAUGGGCUACAAAAUCAUUCAAACCAUAAGUAGGAGGAGAUGAUUGUUACAUGUUUAAAGUUCUAUCCAUUGAUGCUGGCAUUAAUUGGUAUGCUCAAAGAAAGAUGUCAAGUACUUCCUCUAGUGUUGUUGAUCUUUAUCCUAAAGAUACUUAUUUUAGAUUUAGAUCAGAGACUUGGAUGCAACAAAUAUUAGAUAGAAUUAAAUGGGAUAUACUUUUAUUAGAUCAUAUUUGA